AUGACAUCGUCUUUAGUAUUAGAUCCAGAUGCGUUGCAUGAUAUUAUGCUGCGGCCAAACGUCGAUGCAAAAAUUGCAGCUCUCCAGUCUCUCAAAUCAUUUGCAAAACGAAAUCCCAUCAAUCUCUCAUAUGCUUUCAGUUACUUUGAAACCCUUCGCUAUGUAGUCGAGUCCUCAGAUACCCAGCUUCACUCGCUAGCCCAUUCAUGUAACGGACAUCUCAUCAAACGCAUCAUUACUCAGAACCCGUCCUAUCUCGCUGAAAUUCUGGAUGCUGCUGUUCCCAUAGUCAUUGACGGUCUUGCGGAUUCCAAACCUUCGAUCCGGACCUCUAGCAUGAGUGUAUUUAAAGACAUUUGGAUGGCAUGUCCUGAGCGUGUAGACACUUUAAUCCGCGACCUGGGACUUUCCAGUAGUAACCCCACAGUACUCUUAGGAUGCCUUGACUUGCUCAUUUUCAGAAUUACAAACACUUCCAACAUCUCGUUCAAACCAUUUACCCCACCAGUUGUUGCACUGCUAAGAAACCAGAACCAAGAUGUUCGUGUAAGUGCCAGUAAAGUUCUGACGACGUUUUUCCGUGUGGCACGAGAAGCAGCCAAGGAAGAUUUGGCCAAAGAAUUGGCCAACCAAGGUGUUGAUACUGGACUGGCUGAAAAUAUUCUAAGUUCAGUCAAUUAUACUCGGCGGUCAGUUUCUCCAGCUCCUUCUUCACCAACCCAGUCAAAGGCCCUUAACAUUGAUUUCUUUUUACAAGACCCUCGCUACGAAAUUGAAGAAUUCCCAGCAGAGUAUUGUCACUCGUUGGACAAUUUUCGACGUGAAAUCACACUCAUGGCUCCAUGUUUUGAGGGGAAAGAAACCGAAGCCAACUGGACCAAACGUGAAGCCGGUGUAAACAAGCUGAGAGGGUUGUUACGGGGGAACAUUGCUCAAGAGACCCCGGAUCAAUACUGUUUAGCAUUGAAGGAGUUGUCUCAGGGGAUUAUUAAAGCAGCUUCAUCUCUACGUACAGUUUUGUCUACCUCUGCAUGUCAAUUAAUUAAGGAGAGUUUCAUGAUGCUAGGCAGUAAUCUGGAUAGCAUUUCGGAUAUUUAUUUGAGUGCCACCAUUAAGUUUGCAUCUCUAGCUAAGCGCAUCACCAGUAGCAAUGGUAUGAUGGCAGCCAGUGCGAUUGUUGCCAAAUCUUCAUACUCGGUCAAGGCAAUUAACUUGAUCCAAUCGAGUUUGGGCGAUAAGAAUGCACAACCACGGUUAUUUGCAGCAAAGCUAAUUCGGCUAGAAUUGUUUUGCCAUAGGACCAUUAAGAGCAUUGUAGACUCGACAGGCGGGCGCGAGAUUAUGGAAAGGUGCAUUGUCAAAGGUCUUGCAGAUGCAAACACAGGAGUACGAGAGGAAAUGCGGCUGGCAUUUUGGGCUUACAAUGAAUUGUGGCCAACACAGGCAGCCUCAGCUGCACAUGCUUUUGACUCUUCGAUUCGUAAAGGUUUGGAGAGAGUCAAUCCUACUGGCAAGCCGUUGCCAUCGUCGGGCGCAACUAAACAAAGCAGUAGGCCUCAGAGUGGCGGGCUACGUGAGUUUAUAAUGCAAUCGAGAGAGCGCAAUAGUGGGUCACGGACUGAAAUGAGACAAGAGUCAAUACAGAGUACAAGUGGACCAGGGCCAAGGCCGAGGCUGGGCAUGCCUCAGCGGUCUGGUGUACGUAGGGCUGUGGGAAGCAGUGGGAGUAAUACGAGUGGAAGCAGCAGCAGCGGUAUGUUGCGAAGCGUGUCUCGAGAUCGGUCAGUAAGCCAGUCAUCGUUAGAAGAGUCAAAGAUUAAGUCGCGCAGUUUUAAUUCUACAGAGGAGCGCAAUUUUAGAUCAUUGCAACGAUCUGUGACACCGGAAAUGCCAGUGUCGGAAGUGAUUGUGGCCAACUUAUCUUCGAACCAACCCUCAAAAACCGAGGCUGGAGCUAAGCUGCUUCUAGAAAACCUUGACAAUAAAGCUAAUGUGCCAUCGCUGGAAGUACUUUCACGGACUUUACACCGGUUAUUUAUUAAUAAACGCAAGGAUGCAGUAUUUCAGCCUACAAUCUAUGCAUUGGUGUCGGACCCCAAGGGUCUUGAGUACCUAUCGCAAGUGUUUUCGCCAACUGAGCUGGCGCUUUCUGUGAUUUACUCGUGUCCGAGCUCUACUCAGGGGUAUCCAAUUGUGGAGCGGGUACUGAUGGAAGUUGACCCAGAAAAGCGGUUAUCAUUAGUGACAUAUUUAGUUUCGCACCGACGGGAUGUUGUUGGUGCCGCUGGAAUUGGGAAUGACUUAUACACGCUCAAAUUCUUAGAAGCCGUGGUCAGGGACUGCAAGAGCAUUGCGAUGAACGAUGAAGUAGUUGAGAAUAUCAAACUUUUGACGCUGUAUCUACGGGUUGACAAGGAUCUACCUGUGAGCCAUGUGUUUGAUGAGCUGAAACGGGAUAUUGGGUACGUUGUACUACCUGAGAAUGUACCGAUUCCAGACACUCCGACGGAGUCCAGAGAUGUUGAGAUGUCGGACUUGGAAGUGGAGGUUGAAGAUGCAAAAGAUUCAAAAGAUUCAAAAGAUUCAAAAGAUGCAAAAGAUGCAAAAGAUUCAAAAGAUUCAAAAGAUGCAAAAGUUACGAAAGUUACGAAAGAACCUGAGACGCCAGUCUAUGACGAAUCGCUUACACGGCUUUCGGGUACUGGGUUUUAUGUUGGUGAGAACAAGUGGGAGAGUUUUGAGACUCAAGUCCAUAACGCUACAACUGCAUUGCAGCAGCUGACGCCUAGUGAGACCCCUGAAACAUAUGCAAGUCUACUAAUAAAACUGCGGAGCCGUGAGAUUAGUGAGCACGAGCUUAACAGCUUGGCGGCAUUUGUGCGGAAUAGCGGCGGCAGCACCAGCACCAGCACCAGCACCAGCGGUGGUAAGGAAAAUAUGGAUGAAUCAAUAAGGGUAGAUGGUGCAGAGUUAGUACGAGAAAUGGUGCGAUAUGUUGAGGGAGGGUCAAUGCCAGUAGUUAAAGCCAAGAAGGUGAUGAGUGUACUUGGAAGUAUUUUGCCACAGGAUUUGGUUGGUCAGGAGGCGGCAGUGUUUCGGAUGGUGGUGAAGCUCCAGGGGGUGAAUGACGAGGGUAUUGGUAGUGAUAAUAGGGAAGAAGGGGAAGAUGAUCAGGGGAAGUCUAUUAUUGUUGCAGAAAAUGGAACACUAGCCAAGUACAUUUUAAUGCAUGGAGGUGAGCAUCUUUUAGGAGAAAUCAAUAUGAUUCUUGAUACGGAAGGGGUUGUAAAGAUGAUUGAAGUUUGUGUGGAUGAGAUUUUGGAGCAUCAGUUGAUUCCAGGGAAAGAAGUAUAUGAGCGGCCGUUGGAAAUGUGUUACACGUACCUGAACAUGUUGGUGAAGCUGAAGCGGGUUGUAGGGAGUGAUGGAUUAUGGGAUAUUACUAGUGGAUUAGAUAUUAGUGAGCUUGAGAAAUUGGGACAAGCAUUGGCGCGUGGACUAAAGUUGGAGCAAGUACCGGCUGUUCGGAAGUUAUGUUAUAUGGUGUUGCAGAGUCUUGCGGGAGCAUAUCGGGGGGUGAGUGAUGCACGGACGCGACAAGAUUUUGAGGAGGGAGUUGUUGCACAAUUGGAUGAUAAGUCUGUGAGGUUACUUGAGUAUAUUGUGGGUAGUGACGCGGGAUUUAUGUCUUGA